CUGACUUUCGCCUGAAAGGACAUAAAGUAGCAAUGACUCAAGGACUGAAAGAAGAAACCUAAAGUUUUAAAAAGGACCAAAACUAAAGACACCGAGGAAACCUGCUUGACAGGAUUUCUUCUGUUUUGAUUGCAGGAUGGAACUCGAUCUUUGAAGUGAUUUCCUCUUCACUUUAGAGACAAUGCUUUGCUCUAUGCUUCCAGGGUAGAAUCUGUUUCUGUUUUCAAGCUUGGAAUUAAUAUUUGCUGACCCCCAGGCAAUUUGUUUUUUGACUGCUAAAAUGGAAAGCACCAAUGGAACUGAACAACCUCUUGAAGACGAUGAAGCUGCCGAGAUACAAGUGUACAAGUUCUAUGCAGCCGCAAUAAUUGUGAUUUUUAUCUUGGCUUUGCCUCUGAAUGCAUCUGUCAUCCACCUCUUUAUUUUCAAGCUAAGGUUUUGGAAAUCCAGCACAAAUAAUAUCUUCCUCUUCAACCUGGUUUUGGCUGACAUCCUCCUGCUGAUCUGCUUGCCCAUAAAGGCCUAUACCUUCAUCCAGGGAGUUAGAAAUAGUAACAAUGACGCUGUCUGCAAAGCCAUGCUUUUCAUGUUGUUUUUAAACCGUGGAGCUAGCAUCGCCUUCCUAACAGCAACUUCCAUCCAUCGGUAUUUUCAUGUGGUGCACCCUGGUCGAAAAAGUCCCCUAAAAGCGCUUAAGAAGUCUCCACAGAUCUCUGUCCUCAUCUGGGUGCUGCUUCUGCCUCUCACCAUCCCCACCAUGCUCAAAAACUUUGACUGCUCUUACAGCCUCAUUAAAGAAAAUGCUACCGUGAUCAAGGAUGUGGUGGAUGGCAUCAGAGAGACUGUAAUCUUUACUCAGAUCCUGAUCCCGUUUGUCAUCCUGCUCUACUGCACUGUGCGCAUCGUCAACCGACUCAGGAAAAAAACAGUCGGGGAUAGGACCAAGCUGAAGAGAGCAGUAUUUCUGGUCACUGCUGUCAUGGUGCUCUUUUCAUUCUGUUUCCUCCCCUGCACCAUAGCCAGGAUGGUUCUGCUUACCAUUCGGGUCAAAGAUAUGCCUGAUUACAUCGAGCACAAAGCUGUAGUGGCCUUUGAUGGCCUCAUGGUCCUCUCCUACAUAGACUGUCUGCUCGACCCACUUGUCUACUGCUUCUCUAGCACCAAGUUCAAAGCACUUUAUCUAUCCAAUUACUUCCCAUUUUUAGUAAAAGAAACUCCACAGGUCAGCUCAACAGGAAAGUCAAACAGAACUACAAAUGCUACUGUCAUUUCAUGUUUAUGAAAACAAAGAAGGGAGAGUUCCCAUACAGAGUGUGGUUUCACUCUAUAGUAGCCGCAGGUUGAAAAAAAUGGUUCAAUGGUUAAAAUGUGUUAUGAGGACAAGGCAUAUAUAUAUUUGAAUUCCUACUUUCUUAAGAUUUUCAAAUAUACAGAAGUAAAAAAUGAAAAAAUAUAUUAGUUUAUCAGCCCUAUGGCUAUAGCACAGGGGUCAAAGUUUGAAAUUUCUCUAAGAGAAUGCCUCCCAGCCAAAGUAUGCACAUCUGUUCUUCUGUCAAAUUAUACCAACACAGCUUUUAUCUAAGCCACAACAGUGAAACAAGUUUUUGUUUUUCACACCAUCUGUUAGAUAACAUUUAGGGGAUCCUCAGUCUGCAGGUGAUUAAUACGUCAUUUUAAAAGUACAUACAGGGAAAUUAUCAUGACAUGAUCAUUUCCAGCUCAUAACAGUUCAAUAUAAUAAUUAUUUUUUAUAUUCAUAUUUAUUUUGUCUUAUACUGGGCCAUGUAGCAGACAUUCAGGUUAUCCACAGUCAGAAGUAAGUCUCGCUCUCAGUCAUGUGUCUUCUGAUUGGCUUCACAUCAUCAAAUGGUGGAAUGGGAAGGAUCUACACAAUUUUAGGCAGGUGGCUUUAACAUUGUGGCUGGUCGGUACUGAACUGUUUGUGAUGUGUGAAUAGAGAUAUGUAUAUAUAUUCAUCCUGAGAUUAUUUCUAGUAAAUGGAUUACGGUAUGUUGGGAACACCUUGAUGAUACCACCUUGAAAGCUCUGCUCACAAAGUGCCACGCCCACAAACGACUCUUACAAUGUAACACGUGAGUCAUACACUCAACCUGAACUAAUCUUCACCCUGACUUAGUCCCAGAAAUCCCAGCAUUUCUAUAUAAGUCACAUGGGUGAAAAUACUCACCUUAAUGACACCAUCAGUAGAUGUAGCGCGCCGAGUGAGGGUAUGUCUGGUGUAACUGUCUGUCAGUAAAUAGACACCUCCCUGAUUUAACAACC